AUGCGGUUGUUAUUGUGCUUCUUUCAUCUCAUUAGGAGACCAAGACAACAUCGCUUCUGCAAAACUCCCCCAAACACUGCAAACACCACGGGCUUUCUCGAAUUAGACGUUUUUGAAGAGGUGGACUGCUUCGGAAUAUCGUCGCUCACACUCAAAAUUAGUUUAAUCACGGUUGUGCUGUACGCCAAUGUCUCAGAGAACGGAAUUCGAAGAAAAGCUGACAGAGGUCUUCGAGAGACAAUUCUUGCCUUUGCUGGUACUCUUAACCUCUUUGUCAACAAUAAGCAAAGCGUAGGGGUCCCGAGUGAAAUGGUGGGAAUCCGCAACGGGUCUACGAUUGUGAAGAUGCGAAACAUUCUGCUGCUUAAUUGA